CCUUUUGUUCCACACACUCCAGUCCAUCGUUGAAGGCCCCCACUUGUUGGUUUGGUACCUUCGCUCUAUACCCUUUUCAGUUCUGUGCUAUUGUUCACCAUUGCCUCGGUUUUGCAGACUCUUGGUUACGAGGCGAGGCGAGUUUACGAACGCGGUGCAUCAUGAAGGAUAGUAGAUGUACGAGGCUGGGCGCGCCGUUACUCGUACUCUCGUUGUCGUCCUGGUCCGGGGUGGUGAAAGCCUGGACGAAUCAUUUCGUCCACAAUCCCCAACGUCACUCCUCGGCACGGAAUCCUGGCGUAGCCUGGCGUGGAAGACCUUCGUAUCGCGUCGGACCGUUGCGGGAACUCGUAGUGACGGACCAAUCGUUCCGACCGACACGGGGAGUACCACUCCACGCCACGGGGAGCCGUGAUGGCCGUGCCACCCAAGCCGACAUUGAAUGGGACGAAGACGAAUACGAUUUCGAUCAGCAAAAGAGUAUGGACGAGUAUCGGACCCAGUUUCAAGCACUCGCCGCCGAAACGUCCCAAAAUCCCCACGCCGUACAGCAAGCCCAGGAUCUCUUUGACGAGCUCUACAAGGCGUACAUCAUGACGGAAGACGCCUCCUACUGGCCCGGGACCGAUAUUUACAAUCUUCUGCUCGAAACACACGCGUAUUCUCCGCACAAGAAUGGUGCAGUGGAGGCAGAAGCCAUUGUUGCCCGUAUGGAACAACAGGAACACGGGGUGGCCAGGCCCAACGUCGCAACCUACGCCAAACUUAUGGAGGCGUGGACGCAACGCAAACGCUUGGAUAAGGUCACGGCCGUAUGGGAACGCAUAGCCGAACAGGGAUUGCAACCCAACAUUUCUACUUACAACAAACUCAUCAAAGCCUACGGGGUUGCGGGCAAGGCGGAACAGGCUUUGCAGGUACUGGAAGAUUUGUUGCUGCAACACCAAGGGAAAGACAACAACAAAGAAGAGGACGACCAGACGGAUGCGGAGACCAGCACAAAACCCACGCAGAAAACCUGGGUACAAGUGUUACGGGCCUUUGCCAGCAAAAAAUACGUCCGGAAUGGAGAGGGCGUGGACCAAAUACAAGCCUUGCUGCGCCGCAUGGCACAGGCCUACCGACAGGGCGAAGCAGACUGGAAACCAGGUGUGGAUGCCUACAACUCCUUGCUCAAAGCCAUGAGCUUUCAAAAGGGAUCCGGUAAAGAGUCGGAAAGCGUUCUGUACGGCAUGCUGGAACAGUUCCGGGAAGGAGAAGAAGCGUUGCGGCCGAACGCGGGUAGUUUUUAUCACGUGUUGCACGCGUACCGGGGUGACAAGGAUGCGGGUGUUUCCUUCAAGGUGGAAAAGUUGAUACAGUUACAGGAAGCUUUGGCAGUCGAGCGCAACGACCCAAACGAUCCAGCUCGAACGACAACUCGCGUCUACAACGCCGCCAUGGCGGCUCUAUCGCGGACCAAAGAUCCGCAAAAGGCCGUCCGCGCCAAGAGGUUUAUGGACCGUAUGAAUCUGCAGCAUAACGAUCCAGACAUGCGUCCGAAUGAAGCCACAUACACGAGUUUGCUGAACGCGUGUGCGUACACAACCGAAGGUGAACCAGCCGACAAGCUGGCCGCGUUUCAAAUUUCCGUGGACGCGUUGAAAGAAAUCCGCCAAUCCCCAUCCAUUUCGACAAAUUCAAAAAUGUUUGGGUUGUUUUUGAGAGGAUGCGCCAAUCUCAUGCCGCAUAGUCGAAAACGCGAUGCGGUGGUAGAAAGUGUAUUCGCAUCUUGCUGUGACGAGGGCUACAUUUCAGACUACGUCCUUGAACAGUUUGAAAGGGCGGCCUCGGAACAAUUGCAGCUCAAAAUGGCGUCGAAACUCCAGCCGCAUGGAGACAAAAUGUAG